AUGCCGAAACCAAUCGGAUCGGAAAAGUACGGACAGGUUCACAAAGAUCAAGCAGGUGCGGGGGACAAGCGACCAACAGCCCAACAAAUCAUCAAAGACAAUGACCUCGAGGGAAAGCUUUCUGGCAAGACCAUGCUCAUAACUGGUUGUUCAUCUGGUAUCGGUGUCGAGACUGCUCGUGCACUUUCCUCCACCGGCAGUACGCUGUUCCUUACUGCUCGUAAUCUGCCGAAAGCUGAAGCUGCGCUCAAGGAUAUCUUGGAGCCAGGAAGAGUGGAAUUACUAGAAAUGGAUAUGAACUCGCUCGAGAGUGUCAGAAACGGUGCGGCCGAAUUUCGAUCAAGAAAUGAAAAAUUGGGUGGGAGAUUGAAUGUCUUCAUCGCCAACGCAGGAAUUAUGGCGUUACCAACUUUGGAGAAGACGGAGGAUGGAUUUGAAGCCCAGUUUGGUGUAAACCAUUUAGCGCACUUCCUUUUGUUCAAUCUGGUCAAAGACCUACUGCUCUCGUCUUCAUCGCCAGAUUUCAAGUCUCGUGUGGUGAUGGUGUCGUCUUCGGGACACCUGAGUGGUGGUAUCCAUCCCGGCGAUUACGGAUUUGAGAGACCUGACAACGAAUACUCGCCUUGGAAGGCAUAUGGGCAGAGCAAGACAGCAAAUAUUUAUAUGGCAAACGAGAUCACUCGGCGCUAUUCGUCGCGAGGACUUUUUGCCAAUUCUCUCAUGCCUGGUGGGAUUGCCACGGGUCUGCAAGUCCAUGUCUCUGAAGAGACCAAGAUAGGAUGGUCCAUGGAUAAGAACCCUAUGGUGAAAAGUAUUCCACAGGGUGCUUCGACGACGGUAUUGGCGGCUGUGGGUAAAGACUGGGAAGGUGUUGGAGGAAGAUAUCUUGAGGAUUGUCAAGAGUCUUUGCCGAAGGGCGACAAGGGCGAUAAUAAGUAUUUUGGCUAUGAUAAACAUGCAUUUGAUGAAGAAGCCGAGGAGAAGUUUUGGUCUGAUUCUUUGGUCAUGAUAAAGUUGGAGGGGUAG